AUGGCUUGUGCUUACCAAGAAGUUGAUAUAACCGAAGUUUCAAGAGAGGAAGAAAUGAAGAAUGAAAUAUCGCACUUAGAGGAAGUGGUAAAGGAACAGGCGAAUAUGAUUGAGGAUUUGAGAAAGAAAUUGGUGGGGAAUGCCAGUUUAAAUGAAAGUGAAAUACUUAUUACAAGCAAUAAGAUUUCAUUGCAAGAAGCGCGGAUUCUACAGUAUACUAUUAACGAGCUACGGGAGUCGGUAGAGAAGGCUAAGGAAGAAACUAUUAUCUUUAAAGGUCUUCUUGAUAACGAAAAGGAACUUUCUCGUUCUCGAGGUAAAGAAUUGGAAAGAAAGUGUCAAGAAUGUGAGACUUUAAGUGAGGAAUUGAAAAAAAGCAAAACUCUAUUGGAAAUGGCCAAGAAAUCUGCAUCAAAUGAAUUAUGGACUGAGAAGGAACAAGUGCUUCGUAAGCAGUAUCAGAUACAAGUCACUGAGGGGCAGAGUAGGAUUGCAGCAUUAAAUGCUAAAAUUAGAUGUAUGCACGAUAGGGAGAUAGCACGUCGUGAAGAAAUUGAGUCUUUGCAAAAGCAGUUGGAAAAAGCUCAAAACGAAGCGGAACUUGCAAAAGAAUGUGUUAAAGAACAAAAGGUCUUGGCUAGCAAGGACGCAGAGGUGACUGCUAUUCGUAAGCAGUUAGAGGAAAUUGUAAAACAGGAGAAGACUAAGGAUGUUGAAAAUCGGGAUGUAAUGGUAACUGCACAAUUUGAAAAACUGAUUGAAGAAUUGAGGCUUCUGAAAGAUUCCGCCAACGCUGACACCCAAACAGCACAGCUGCACACGGAGCUGGGGUCUUUAAGGGUUACCAAAGCGUUCUUAGAAAAGCAAGCUGGUGAAGCUGAAGGCAAUUUGAAACGUUUAAAUGAGCAAUUAGCAAAGGAAAAAAUUGUGACCGAAGAACAAAAAAUACGCAUAGCGGAAUUAGAGCAGAAACUUGAUGAGUGCGAGAAGAAUGGCGAAAUUACGCAUCGAUAUCUCUUGGAAGAAGUGUCUAAGGUUAAGCAGGCAAAAGCGAAACUCAGGUGUGAAUAUUUGCAGUUAAGGCGUGAGCACAACAGACUCUUGAGUACACAAGGCGAGCCGCCUUUGGAAUCCUCCAAUUUGACCAUACCAACCACAGAUGAAUUUGGAAGUUGCACAGAGUGUGCUUUGUUGCGGAAGGAAUUGAACGAUAUGAAAGUUGGUCGGGAAGUAGGAUCGCGACCAGUGAAAAGUGAUGUAGCAGUUGAAACCACGCCACAGGAUCAGAGCGUAGAUAGAGAUCCUGACGUGGAAUUAGAAAUACAAAAAGAAGUUGUUUCGAGAAUGAAGGAAGAAAUUGAACGGAAGGACGCGAGUAUUGAGCAGCUGUCAAGAACCUUAAGGGUCCUUGAUGAACAGUGUGAAAGAUUUUUGACAUUGAAAAAGGCUGCUGAAGCUUCCUCUGAAAAGUCUAAGAAGCAAAUAAUUGCAUUGAGACAGGAGCUGGAUGAUGUAAAACGUGAGCUCGAAAGACGUACACAGGUGGACAUAGAUAUUGAUUUGUUGCGGCAAGAGAAGGAUCGUUUGGCAAAAAAAGUUGGAUACUUAACUGAGGAACUCCGAGAAACGCACACAGAUUACCGGGAAGAACUGGCAGUAUUGGCAAGAAAAGUCAGCGAGAAGAAACACAAAGAUGAUUCAGAGGAUGACGUCUAUGCUACAAAGGUAGAGCAGUUGGAAGCCGAAAAGAGGCAGAUUGAGACAACUGUGCGCUCUUUAGAGAGGCAGUUGACUCAGCUUAAAGAAGAAACCGGCCAGCGGGCUAGGGAGGUUGACGACGCCUUUUCCACUCGCGCAAAACUCACGGAAGAAAACAACAAACUUCGCGAGGGACUCGCUCUUGCGAUUAAUAAAGCAGAAAAAUAUAAGGCAGAUGCUGAAACCCAUCAAGAGAACCUGAAUGCUUUCAAAGAAGAGUUGAAGAAAAUUCGUGAAGAAAAGAGUGACGCUGAAGUUCUGAUUGAGCAGCUGAAUCAGACUAUAGCAGAACGGGAGCGUUUGGUUGCCUACCUUCAAAGUCAAAUAAAGAUGAAGUCUGCGACAAAAUUAAAGAAGUCUUCGUCACAUUCUACACUUAUGUCGACCAGUGACAUUUCUGUUAACGAAAUCAAAUCGGACGGAGAAGUUUCAAAGACCAAUGCCAUUAAUGGAGGAGGCGAUGACGCAAAUAAGGUCGCCUUACUGCGAGACACUUAUACGUUUACAGAUGAUUCUGGUCUAUCAAGAACCGACGUUAGUCAACAGACUCGCACGUUUCCGGUUCCUUCUGCGCCUACGCAUGUUGGGACGAUGAAACACGACAUUCCUCAUCGCUGGAAAACAUAUCUCGUUUUAAAACAGGCCAAAUGUGUUGUUUGCCUGGAAGGCCUUCCGCGAGUGCGACAUGCGCUGAAGUGUGCAGAAUGUAGUGUCUUGGUUCAUCGAGGGUGUGCGGCAGGCAUAUCCAACACGUGUGGGCUUCCCAGCGCCUGCGCCGAUUUUUAUUUGGAUGCUCAGUGUGUUUCAUCCAGUUCAAUGUCAGGCUGGAUUAAAAUAUGGAGGUCCGGCGAUCGUACUUGUAACAAGUGGCGUAGUGCCUGGGCUACUAUGGACGAGCAAUGUAUUCGUUUUUACGACAAUGAUAGUGUUCCAAGUGUUAAUGGUGGAGGUGCUGCGUUUUUGGAACUCAACUUAAAUCACGAUCAAUGGAGACUUCAUAUGCAAUCUGUGGCAGACAUUGGAGUUAAGGGUAAUCUAUCAAAAGAAAGUUACGCGCUUUUGGUUGAGAUUAGGAUGGCUGAUGAUAGCCUUUUUCUGUUGGCUCCGACUCCUCAAGCCAAAGAGCGCUGGGUGCGAGCAUUGCAGCGAGCAACGAAUAAACGAAUGUUCGUUCAACGUCAGCAAUCAUCUGUCACGGAAGAUAGUUCAAUGUUGCUUGGACUUGAUGCUCCACUUAAUCUUUCUAUUAAUUGUGCUCAGGUUUUGAAUGAUUGGCUCUUGAUUGGGGCUCAAGAAGGACUGUUUAUAACACCACUAAAUUCUCCACGUGUUCCUUUUGUCGUCACUGGGUUGACUGCUGUAUUCCACAUGGAGUUCCUUCCAGAAAUACAGAUGCUUAUCGCCAUUAGUGGAGCUGAUCGGCAUUUGUAUGCGCUACACGCUUCUGAUUUUUACAGUAGCUUCAACUCUGAUCAGCCAGCUGUGCGGCCUACUCCGAUCGGGAAUUAUUCAGCAUGCCAUUUGAUGGUAGUAUUAAGAGAUGGUUCCAAAAAAGUCAGAUGGUUGUGUGUGGCAGACCCAGACCAAGUCCAUAUUCUUCAAUUCAGCUCCCGCUUGGGGAUUUUCUCACCUUUCAAGUCGUUGCCUACUGCAGAACCAGCGAUGUGUCUUUUGUCUGUGAACGACGGAUUUGUGUUUGGUACUGAUCAGUUUUACUAUGUAAAUAUAAAAGAGUUGGUUGCUAAACCUCUACAAGUUUCUGGCUGUGCUCCUGACUGGCCAUUGGCAGCACUUUUAAUAAACGACAAUGAGCUACUCCUUGCGUAUCACAAUUAUGGAGUGUUUGCUGACACGCGAGGGAAAAGGACGAGACUUGAAAAUAUUGACUGGAACAGGGCUCCACUUGAAUUCGUUUAUUCUGCUCCGUAUCUUUAUGUAGUGCAUUACGAAACCUUGGAAAUUCUACGUGUUGCUGAUUACGUGGGACCGGAAACCAGAUGUUUGCAUGAUGAAAGAGAAGUAUAUAAGUGCCAAAAUGCACAUUAUCUCGGGAAAGGCCGUUCUAGUUCUGAAAUUUUAUUUGCAUUGUGUGGGAAAGAUAGAACAGAAGUUCACUGUUUUACGAGACCGCUGCAGAGGAAGUCACUUCAAGCGACUUUGAAAAGGCGGCAGGCAACAGAAGUUGAGGGAAGUAGCAACCCCGAUAAACGUUGUAAGAAGUAA